CAGGUAAAUCACGAAGUCUUCUACAUAGCGUGCGAUCAAAUCCGGAGUCCAGUGUUGGUGUUGGACCACAGGGGGGAAGUGGUGAAAGAGGUGCACAGAGGACCGUACGGUCACGUCCUCUUCGACUCCAACCCCGCCUUCUAUUUAGCCGUUGACUUCCAGGGAGGCAUUCCCGACCCCCUCACAGGCCUUAUCCAUUUCAGCGAUAGCCGGGUCUACGAGUCACUUGUGGGCCAAUGGCUGACACCCGAUUGGGAUCUACUGAUGUCUAACUUAAAGGACCCGCAAUCGCUUCACGCCUACCGAUUCAAUGGCAACGACCCCAUCAACGCACCGGGCGAUGAGCGCUGGAAGAUGUUGGACCUCAACAAAUGGAUCCAAAAUCAAGGCAUCGAUUUGUCUGCCUUCGACAUCGGAUUAAUCAGUCGUUUUAGUAAUAAACAUAAUAACGAUGACAGAGAGAAGUCAUCGCAUGCCUUAAAAUUGCCAAAAGUAACGGUUCCGUCGCUGCCCAUUGUCUCGGGGUUUGCGUGCGGACUGCAAAGGACUCUCAAUAACUUCGGAAUGAUCUCUAGUGUCGACAAAUCAAAGGUCAAAUCCGAAGACCUGUUUGAAUCGUUUCAGACGAAUAAGAUUUGGAGCGAAAGCGUGCCUUUCGGUAACGGCAUUACUGUAUCGCGAGUGGCCGGACACGCGGUGGUGAUGUCGGCGCCGGACGCCGACCCCAUCCGGAAAGACGUGUUCACACAGAUACUCAAUAACUCGUAUUUACUUGACUUGCAUUUCGUUAUCCACGGAAACGAUGUCUUCUAUUUCGUGAAGAACAACACGUGGAGAGUGGCCGACGACUUGACACAACUGCAGAGACUCAGCAAUAGUGUCAACACGACUGUCCACGAAAACAAGGCGGAGGACCAGAAAGGAAGUGGACAUCAGGUUGAUGUCCGCAUACAUAUACAGCAAUAUAUUUUGAAUAUACGCUACGGAACGGUAGCCGAACGGGAACGACACCGAGUGCUACGACACGCCAAGAAGCACGCCAUCGGUCAGCGAUGGUCUCUAGAGAGGGAACUGUUGGCCACCGGCCGCGAGAGUGCCAUCACGUGGACGGAGUCCGAGAAGGAGCAGCUCCUGAACACGGGGUCAGUACCGGGGCUUAAAGGGGAUUACUAUCACGAUCCCAGUGCUUACCCGGCCUUAGCCGACGAUCCGUCAAAUAUUAUUUUUCACAAACAAAACAAAUUAAAGCCAUCGCAACACGAGUCGACGUAAUAAUGACUGAUAUCUUAAGACUUAAGUGUUUUUUAUCGUAACUCUUGUUGUAAACGAUUGCUUGGGAACAGACAUGCAUUUAAUGAGCGCCGGAAUGCUUUUCAUCCGUGUUUUCAUUGGAUUUGAUGCUAAAGUAUAUGUGAAAAGCAUUUUGUUUUGUUGUUUCUGAAAAUAUAAUACAUUUCUGUAUAAAUAAAAUUUGAUGUAUGAC